GCCACACACAAAACCACAGUCACACAAUCAAAAACAGUCAUCAAACACUACAUAGUAUAGAACUAUAGAUAUCAGAACAAAAUAGUUGCAAAAUAAGCUACUUUUAUUUAGAUAUAAAAGACGAAUAAAUGAACAAUAAUAUAGAAUGUUUACAACAGUGAAUAUCAUUACAUACAUACAUACCGACAACCGUCCAUAGACUAAAAAAGUUAAAAUGAACACUGUAGUCGUGACUGGUGCCAAUGUGGGGUUGGGCCUCGAAACUUGUCGACAGCUUGCCGAGGAGCCCGAGGUAAAGAAGGUAAUACUAGCAUGCAGAAGCGAGACUAAGGCAAAAGACGCCAUCGCACUGCUGGUAGGUAUAACAAAGAAGACUUCAGACUUUUUUGAUGUGCUGAUCCUGGAUACUUCAGAUGUCGAAUCUUGUAAGGCCGCCGCGCAGAAGUUAGCGUCAGAGAAAGUGAACGGUGUGGUGCUGAAUGCCGGAGGUGCCGUAAGGGGAAGGGGUAGCACUGGCGUUCCGGUGAUGCACCUGGCGAAUACAAUUGGACACGCUGUAUUUGUUGAAGAAUUGAUUGCCAACGGUCAGAACCUAGUUGUUGUAUACUCAGGCAGUGAAGCAGCGCGUGGGGUUUAUAGCGUAAUGGGGACCGAAUUCAAGGAACCAUACAAAGCAGACGUAUACAGUCACCUCACAGGAGAAAGCCCACUGGAGAAAGACGCCAACGCCGCCUAUGCAUAUACUAAGGCAAUCGCUGCGUUGUAUAUAUCUUCACUUGCGAGAAAGCACCCUGAGCUUCACAUUGUGACAGCCAGUCCAGGUAUGACUUCCGGCACUAAUCUCGGCAGUUUACAUCCAACUCUGAAGGUUGUGGCCCAGAACGUGUUCCUGCCACUGUUGAGACUAUUUGGCUAUUCACACCCCGUUGACGAAGGUGCUCUCAGGUACAUAAACGCCUUAUUCAAGCGAGGUAAUGCGAAUGUGGCCUCUGGUACGUUUUUGGCAUCCAAGCAGCACCAGACGACCGGCCUUGUGGAGGAUCAAUCCACAUUCGCUCUGCAGUUUGGCGAUAAGAAGUUGCAAGAUGAUGCCUUCGAUGCUGUCCACGAGGUAAUACAGACAUUGUAAGAAAUGCAUGACUUUAUACCGAGAAACAGUAUAUCUCAGGUGUGUAAAUAGUGAAAAUAAAAAACAUAUGAUUGUGUAA